CACAAAAUCUCAAAUAAACAAUGAUUUCUAUUCAGAUUGUGUGCAAGGUAUUCCUUGUUAUAUACUGCGUGUGCUGCGUAGAAGCAAAGCCUGUCGAAACAACAAUUGAGUUUGCGGAAAACGUUAACACAGAGACUACGGAACGUAAUGUAACACCUAGCCCAAAUAGAAGCCCGGCUUUGUCAGAAGAAGCAGAGGAAGCAACACCGGCAGUAGAGGUGUCUAAGGAUCGCUUCUUAGAGAAAUCAACUCAUCUUUAUACCCCCGUAUAUGCUGGCUACCUUGUGCCUCAAACAUUUCAAGAAUAUUUGAAUCAACUCGGUGUUCAUUUGGUUCCUCAUCCUUAUAAUGGUUAUGCUGGUGCAUUAGCGCCCUUUUAUGCAGCGCCAAAUGCUUCACCAGAUCAUGAGGACUUUUCCGCAUCUACAAAUGCAGUUAAGCCUGCCGGGACUCUUGACGGCACGCCCAGCGCCUUGACAAAUUUCUUUACUAAUCUAAUGGAUUCAAGGCUCUUUCGCGUCAUAUUGACAGUAGCAGUCGUUAUUAUGAGUACGUUCCUUACUGGUGCUGCGGUUGCCGCUAUUUGUCAUCUCACUCCUAUAUGUAGCGGCACUUCGAACGCCAUCAGCUACGUAAGUGGUAAAGGCGUAGGCGAUGUAGGCCAUAUGCUGAUGGAAGAAAUGACGCCGGAAAGGCUAAGUCGUGCCACUAAUUUUGUACGUAAUGCUAUGGACAAAUACCAAACUUUGUCAAAGCAAAUUGCAACAGAAGACUGACGAAAUUAAAUAAGG